AUAACACAAGUUGUGUUAUUAAAAUGUUGAAUGAAGGGAUGAAUGAUUUUUUAUGUUGUUUAGUUUAAUUACUUAGAAACAUAAUUUACUAAUUGUCACCAGUCUUCAACCUUUUGAUAGCCGCUUGGGUAAAUCAGAAUUAAUUAUACAUCAAAACUAGAUCGUUUGCUCCCUCGCUAGAUGGGUUUCUCCCUUGCCAUCAGUUUAAAGUUUUAUUUUUUUCCUUGGAACGCUUUCUCGUUCAUCUGUACUUUUUUUCCUUGUUCUGUUGAUUGUUAAGUUUACUUUUUUUUAUACAAUAAUUUCAACCUUUGUUAAUAAUAUCGAGAUGGAAUGCCUAAAUGAUCCAAAUAUUGACCUUGCUGUUAUUGACCAGUUCUAUACAAAUUUUGCAGAGCCCAGUAAUCUUGCGGAGAUACGAGUCCAAGUUGAUAAGUUUAUUGAAUCUGUUGGAACUGGACCACUAGUUCUUAUCACGUCUGGAGGAACAAUUGUACCAAUCGAACAUAAUACUGUACGGUUUGUGGACAACUUUUCUGCUGGUACCAGAGGAUCUGCAUCAGCCGAGUAUUUCCUCAAGAAAAAUUACAAAGUUAUUUUCCUUUACCGUCUGAAAUCAUGUGAACCUUUUACAAGACAUUUUAAUAUGUCACAGCUAUUGGAAUCACUUUCAAUAUCAGAUUCUGGCCUUUUAGAAGUUAAUUCUCCAUUAGGGGAAAAAUUGUCUCAAAUAGUUAAAGACUACAAGCAACAAAAAGAAAAUUUAUUGUUGGUUACUUUCACAACUUUAGCUGAAUAUCUUUAUUACUUACGGGAGAUAUCAUUUGCUGUAAAACCCUUAGGAUCCAGAGCAGCUUUAUAUCUCGCAGCGGCCGUUUCCGAUUUCUACAUUCCUCAAACCAACAUGGCUACUCAUAAAAUUCAAUCUAAAGACGGUCCAAUCAGUCUGUGUCUGGAAAUAGUCCCAAAAAUACUGAGACCAUUGGUAAAAUUUUGGGUUCCUGCUGCUUUUGUUGUAUCAUUCAAGCUCGAAACUGAUGCAUCUAUUCUUUUGGACAAGGCGCGCAAAGCUUUACAUCGUUAUGGACAUCACCUGGUCAUCGCUAAUGAGCUACAAUCGCGUAAACGAGAAGUUAUCCUUGUAACCGAGAAGGAAAAUCAAAAAAUUACCAUCGAUGAUUCAGAAAUGGAAAUAGAAUCGCUAAUUGUUGAUGAAGUAGUUACGAGACACAAAAAUUAUAUCGAGAUGGGUCGCAAUGUUGAAAAAUUGAUUUAAAUUUAUCUUUGAUUGAGAGCAAUAAGGGAACAGGAAAGAGAUCAGGUGUGGAACUCUCUAUCGAUUUAUUUACCCAUUUGCCGCUUUUGACCAUGUUUAUUUUGCAAAGCAAAAUUUUGGUAAAAUUAAACAUCAAACAACUCUCAUUAGUUGAAAGGUUUUAAUCCAGAUUAUGUACACAAAAGCGUUCAUCUUGAGAUUUUCAAAGCACCAAAUGAGUAAAUAAUUCAAUGAAUCAUUUAAGCACUCUUUGCGCCCAGCGAUAUUAUCAAAUACUUGACUGUCAUACACAGACUUAAUCGCUGCAAAAUUGCUUUGGGCAAAAAAUUCUCCAUUUUAUUUACAUUCUCGUCAUAAGGGUUGUUUUUUUACUAAAAAUGAACUUGUAAUAAUAGUUUUAAUACACUACAAUUUCAUUUUAAAACUGGUCUAAUUUUCA